CUUUUGUUAUCAUUAUAUUUAUCCAAACAAAUGUACCUUUAGUUGUACCAGGCACGAUAAUGAACAAGAAACUGAAGAAAACAAGGGAUGGUCUAAUAAUUUUUUCCACGACUGUAUGUGAGGAAAUUCUAUGGUCCCAAAGUGCUAAGUGUUUGGAUCUCUGAAGUCUGGAUGGAUGCAUGUCACAAUGGCAGGACUAGACUGUUGAAGACAAUCAACAACUUCAGAAGUAAAGUCACUGAGAGGCUGUAACCUUUACAAUUUAACUGUACUGAUAAAGUGAUCUGUUUAUUUAUUUUGUGUUAUAGAUAUAUAUUGUAUUCUGCAAAACAGCACUAUAUUCUUAAAACAGUUUAUGUGGAAUAAGGCAUUUACUAGUGUUUAUUAAGCUGUCAAAAUAUUUUCUAUAUUACUCUGAUAUUUGUAUUUGGACAUUCUUGAUUAUCUUUUUGUAUUUAUACUUCUACUUUUGUAAUCUUUGUGGGGAUAUAACCAAUGGAACUCAGUAUUUAAUAUUUUUUGUUUCUCGUUUUAAAACAGUUGAUUGUACCGUCAUCGUGGUGGUUUUCUUACAUGAAAAUAAAUGGAAGUAAAUGUGCAGUUGUUGCCUGGUCUGUUAGUGAAGUGCGGCGUUCUUGCAGAGGUGUGAUACAGAUUCCCGGGACGUUUCCAAGCAACCAAACCCUGACGCAACCUUCCCGCCCCUCCUCCGGCGGAUCGGUGCUCAAAAACAAGUGGACCGAGGAGCUGUAGCCGUGAGACCCGUGGAUGAUAGCCCACGACGACGGGAGCGGACCCGCAGUGGUGGUGGAGGCUGCUUACAAGUUGGACCGCAGCUGGAAGAACCCUAAAAAGAUGCUACCAAAUUAAUUAUGGGCGCAAAAAUGAUCCGUUGACUCACCUGAAUAAGUGGAGUCAGAGCAUACAGGUCAUCAGCGUUAAAAAAGGUCCACAAAUUAUUUAUUCAUGAUGGAUACUCCUUCAGCUCCUCACAUCACUGUGGACAGGGUCAGUGUCAUAGAAGAAGCAGAAUGUGCAGAAGAUGCGGAUUUCUCCACCGAUGACCACCUCAUGAACCUAAAAGCCUUGACAGAGAAGUUAAGACUGGAGACCAGGAGACCUUCUUACCUGGAGUGGAAAGCCAGAGUGGAGGCAGAAAAGUUCAGGGAGACAAGAACUGGGAACGGCCAGCUGCAAGUGGAGGCUGAAGGGAACGUAGUCACACCUAAUGAGGCUGUAAUGAAGUCGAAAGUGGUUCAAUGUAAGCUGUCAUCAGGUGUACUGAAGGGAUUUGGAAACAUCGAUGAGGCCCUCAGUUGGCUCAGAAGAGAACUGAUGGACAUGCGCUUGCAGGACCAACAGUUGGCAAGGCAGCUCAUGCGUCUCCGGAAUGACAUCAACAAGCUCAAGAUUGAGCAAACGUGCCACCUUCAUCGCCGGAUGCUCAAUGACGCCACCUUUGGCCUUGAGGAGCGGGACGAGCUGUCAGACCUUCUGUGUGAGUGCCCCGUCACCCCGGGCCUCGGCCUCUCGGCGCCCCUGCGACUCAUUGGUGUCACCAAGAUGAACAUUAACUCUCGCCGCUUCUCGCUCUGUUAGUGGCAGCAAUAGCGCUUCAGGAUGGAGAACAGGCUCUCAUGCAUCCACCAAUAAUCACCAUUUAUUAGAUAGUGGUGGAAACCCUUUGUGCAUUUCAGGCUGGUUCAUAGAUGAUGUGAGGAUCAACCUAGAAGUUAACCCUGCCCUUCAGCCUGUAAUCUGACACUUUUAGAUCAUGUAUAUUAUUUAGCAAGAAAAAUGUGCAUUUAAGGAGCUCCUUUGCACAGCAUGUAGUGCUUUUAGAAACUAUAUAUGGUAGCUAUAAACAGAAAACUCGCAGCGUAUUUGAGACAUUACUGAGAAUUAAAUAUUUCAGUUUGUUAAAUAAUCUUUAAUGAAUCAAUGUUGUUUAUUCCUUUAAAUCUGUUUUUAAAGUUAUAUUAUCUACUCAGUAUACUUUGGGUGAAUUCUAGGCUGGAUUUGUCAAGCACAGAUUGAAUAUUAGAAAAUAUUUUUACUGUAAACAUACUUUUGUUUUAUGUUUUGUGGCAAGAAAUUCACAGCCUGGAAAGAUAACAAUGUUUUAUGUUUUUGAAGAGAUGCCUUAAUAUUCAGAGAUUGUACACCAUAUAUCCAAUAAGGAGUACCAUGUAGUAAACAUAUAUACGUUUGUAUAUUUGAUGGCUUGUUUAAUUUAUGGUAGAUGUUUUUUUCUUAAAUGUAAAGGUUGAUUAUUGAGUUUCAGCCUAGAGGUCUUCAUUUGAGAUGGCAUUGUCUGUUUGGAACAAAACUGAACGCAGUUGAAUGGAAAAAACACUAAAUUAAAAUGUACCUACAUCUCUGUUUGUACCAAA